ACUUGGUCAUGAAGCAGCAGGCAUGGUGAAUUCUACACGUCUCCCAGAUUUCUAGCCUGGGGACUUGGAAUAUCCCAGUGUGGACUGGAGACGAGGCAGGUGUGUGGGGAACUGUUGACCAAGUGUCCACUUUGGAUGUGUUGAGUUUAGAUACCUGUGGGCCGCUCCAGGGGAGACAGGGGCCUUGGGAUAUUGGAGUCUGGGGAGAGGCAGGACUACAGAGAGAUGUGGGCGUUACCAGCACUCCAGACAGGUGGGUGAGGCUGCCCUGAGGGGAGAUAAGAGGAGCAGCCCUAUCUGCGGGGCAGGGGCAGGCGGAGGAAAGGGGACUUGAAGGGCAGUCAGAAGAGGAGAGAAGAGAGAGAAACCAGAGACCAAGAGGAGCUCAGCCACAUGGAAUGCACCAGGGAGGCCAAGUAAGUAAAUACCUACAGGUCCUGCAGCCAAGGGAGCCUGGAAACCAAUAGUUAAAACACUACGUUCAAUUGAUUUUGCUUUUGAAACAAUAAGGAGAUGACCAGUAACUUUUGGAGUCGGGACAAAUGGAGAAGUGUGGUUGGCGGUACAGAAAUAGACGUGUUGCCCAGUGGGAGCACAAUUAUUAGCAGUACUGAGACCAGAGAGACACCUCUUGCGGUGUACAACGUCCUCAGCAACAUUCCAGAUUCCAGUAUUGUUCAUUCUGGCUACAUAUUUUCCUUCUCUGAGGUAUGAAGAUAACAUGAGGCAUGACCAGUUACAUCCAGCGAUCAAGGCUUUCCUGUGUGGCUCCAUCAGUGGGACCUGCUCUACCCUCCUUUUCCAACCUCUGGAUCUCCUUAAAACACGCCUGCAGACUCUCCAGCCCUCAGACCACGGGUCUAGACGAGUUGGGAUGUUGGCUAUACUCUUGAAGGUGGUUCGCACAGAGAGUCUUUUGGGCCUCUGGAAAGGGAUGUCCCCUUCCAUUGUGCGAUGUGUCCCUGGUGUUGGAAUCUACUUUGGCACUCUCUACUCUUUGAAGCAGUAUUUCUUGCGAGGCCAUCCCCCCACUGCGCUGGAGUCGGUCAUGCUGGGGGUGGGCUCUCGCUCUGUUGCAGGAGUCUGCAUGUCGCCCAUCACUGUGAUCAAGACACGUUACGAGAGUGGGAAGUAUGGCUAUGACAGUAUCUACUCCGCCCUGAGGAGCAUCUACCGCAGCGAGGGGCACCGGGGCCUCUUCAGUGGCUUGACAGCAACUCUCCUUCGUGAUGCGCCUUUUUCAGGAAUCUACCUGAUGUUUUACAACCAGACCAAAUACAUAGUGCCCCACGACCAGUUGGAUACAACCCUUAUUCCCGUUGUAAAUUUCAGCUGUGGGAUAUUUGCUGGUAUUCUGGCUUCACUGGCAACUCAACCUGCAGAUGUUAUCAAAACUCAUAUGCAGCUCUCCCCAGUGAAGUUUCAGUGGAUUGGCCAAGCAGUGACACUCAUUUUCAAAGACUAUGGCCUUCGUGGCUUCUUCCAAGGUGGUGUCCCCCGGGCCCUCCGCAGAACUCUGAUGGCAGCAAUGGCAUGGACGGUGUAUGAAGAGAUGAUGGCCAAGAUGGGCCUGAAGUCCUGACCAAGAGAGCACUGGAUAAGGGUGGAAUCUAUUGCCCUGCUUGGUUUCUGCCAACGGCUGCUGCUCCUCACUGUCCUGAGUAAGAUGUAGUCCUGCUUGGAAACCAGGUAGAAACGCAUUGCCUUUGCCUUCCGGUAACCCCGUUCAGGGAGUGAAUAGAUGAACCUGAUUCAAGCCUUCAGAAUCUCCCAGAAGAGGAGUCACCAAUACACACAGCACACUGGGGAGUCAGGAGAAAGCUUUGCAUACCCUCGAUGCCGCUUGCAAAGAUGUUUCUGGGGAGAGCUCUGUCAGGCAGCUCUGAUCCAGCCUCCCCACUGUACACCAUGGUGCCUCCUUGGGGACGUUCUUGGGCAAGGAAUAACAAAGCCUGAGAAGCUACAGCUGGGGAAGACUGGAUCUGAGGGAGGAGUCAUUGUCACCGGGCUGAAGACUCUGAGGUGGUGUUAGGAUGAAGAAGAAAAGUUGUCCUUAUUUAAUGGGUUCCUAGUCAACUUCUCAGAGGCUCUGGAGAGUGGGGACGGUGGCUUCCUAGCUUCUAAAUGUUCAAAUAAAAUUUUUUUAUUUUGGUCCCUGUACUGUUUAACCUCUAAGUUGUCCUGACAUUUUUUUUUCCAUCUAAAGUUCAAAUAAAGUGAAGUACUUUAUUGUU